GGGUCCCGGCACCGCGGCGCUCGGGUUUUGUUUGGGUCCUGGGUGGAGGACCCGGGUGCCCGGGCCCGAGGUGGCGCCUCGCUAGCGGGAGAGGGAGCGGGAUCGCCGGCCCCGAGAGAGCUCUCAGGGCCAGAGUGGGCAGGAGGAUGCUUUCCCAGCCUCACCAUGGAGCUGCGCUGUGGGGGAUUGCUGUUCAGUUCUCGCUUUGAUUCAGGGAACCUAGCCCACGUGGAGAAGGUGGAAUCUGUGUCUAGUGACGGGGAAGGAGCAGCAGGUGGGGCAUCAGCAGCCCCCACCAGUAGCAUCGCCUCUUCUCCUGACUACGAGUUCAACGUGUGGACCCGACCGGACUGUGCUGAAACGGAGUUUGAGAAUGGGAACAGGUCAUGGUUCUACUUCAGUGCGGGAGGAACUCCAGGGAAACUCAUCAAGAUCAACAUUAUGAACAUGAAUAAGCAAAGCAAGCUCUACUUCCCAGGGCAUGGCCCCCUUGUGCGCACACUCCCCACCCGGCCACGCUGGGAACGCACGGAUCGGCCCACCUUUGAGAUGACAGAGACGCAGUUUGUGUUAUCCUUUGUCCACCGUUUCGUGGAGGGCCGUGGGGCCACCACCUUCUUCGCCUUCUGCUACCCCUUCUCCUACAGUGACUGCCAGGACUUGCUAAACCAGCUAGACCAGCGCUCUGAGAACCACCCUACCCAUAGCAGCCCCCUGGACACCAUUUACUACCACCGUGAGACUUGCUAUUCUUUGGAUGGACUUCGUGUAGAUCUGUUAACGAUCACUUCCUGCCAUGGGCUUCGAGAAGAUCGAGAGCCCCGUCUAGAGCAGCUAUUUCCUGAUACCGGCACCCCCCGACCCUUCCGUUUCACAGGCAAGAGGAUAUUCUUCUUAAGCAGUAGGGUACACCCUGGGGAGACUCCAUCUAGCUUUGUCUUCAAUGGCUUUCUGGACUUCAUCCUUCGACCUGAUGACCGGGCCCAAACCCUGCGUCGCCUUGUCUUUAAGCUGAUUCCCAUGUUGAACCCCGACGGUGUGGUCCGGGGCCACUACCGCACAGACUCGCGUGGAGUGAACCUGAACCGUCAGUACCUGAAGCCCGAUGCAGUCCUGCACCCAGCCAUCUACGGGGCCAAAGCUGUGCUUCUCUACCACCACGUGCACUCCAGACUGAACUCCCAGGGUCCCUCUGAGCACCAGCACAGUCCCCAUCUCCCUCCUGAUGCUCCCCUUUCUGAACUCGAGAAAACCAACAAUAUCCAAAAUGAAGCUCACCUUGGGCACGCGUCUGACGGGGAUGACCCCGAAGGCUGGACACAGACCGAGUCGGCAGAACAGAAGCCCGGCGGUGUGUGGAUUAUGCCACAACGGUCCGCUGAGGUUGAGCAGCCGGCCCCCGACACCAUCCCCCCUAAAGAGAGUGGCGUCGCUUACUAUGUGGACCUGCACGGACAUGCUUAAAGGGGCUGCUUCAUGUAUGGAAACAGCUUUAGUGAUGAGAGCACCCAGGUGGAAAACAUGCUGUAUCCAAAGCUCAUCUCCUUGAACUCAGCACACUUCGACUUCCAGGGUUUGCAAUUUCUCAGAGAAGAACAUGUAUGCCGAGACCGCAGAGAUGGCCAGUCUAAGGAGGGAAGCGGCCGGGUUGCAAUCUACAAAGCCUCAGGGAUAAUCCACAGCUACACCCUUGAAUGCAACUACAACACCGGACGCUCAGUUAACAGCAUCCCUGCCGCCUGCCAUGACAACGGGCGGGCCAGCCCCCCUCCCCCGCCGGCUUUCCCCUCCAGAUACACUGUGGAACUGUUUGAACAGGUGGGACGAGCUAUGGCCGUUGCAGCUCUGGACAUGGCAGAAUGCAAUCCAUGGCCCCGAAUUGUACUGUCAGAGCACAGCAGCCUCACGAACCUCCGCGCCUGGAUGCUAAAACACGUGCGCAGCAGCCGCGGCCUGAGCAGCACUGUGAACGUGGGUGUCAACAAGAAGAGAGGCUCUCGAACUCCACCCAAAAGCAAGGACGGCUUGCCUGUUUCCUGCUCUGAAAAUCCCUUGAGCCGUGCACGCAGUUUUAGCACUGGCACAAGUGCCGGUGGCAGCAGCAGCAGCCAGCAAAAACUCUCCACAGAUGAAGAACUCCCCAGCUUUCCUUUUCAUGGCAGUCGGCCCACAGGGCUGCCAGCUGGCUCUAGCACUCAAAAGGUCAGCCACCGGGUGCUGGGCCCCGUCAGAGAGCCCCGAAGCCAGGACAGGAGACGGCGGCAGCAGCCACUGACCCAUCGCCCUACUUCAAGCAGCCUGGCCCCAUCCCCAAAUCCUGCUAGUUCUAGCCCAGCAGCCUCACACAACAUGGGCUCCUGCCUACUCCCCAGCUCAUUCAGCAUAUCAGGGAGCAGCUGCUCAUUCCUGUCCUCAGGCGACAAGCCAGGCGUCAUGGUGAUUGGGAAAGGGCUGCUAGGGACUGGACCUCGGAUCCCCUGUAUCAGGACACGACUGCAGGCUAGGCCCAGGUUGGGCCGGGGCUCACCGCCGACUCGCAGAGGGAUGAGAGGCUCUUCGGGCCCCACAUCCCCUACACCCCAGACCAGGGAGAGCAGUGAGCCGGAGCCAGGACCCAGCUCUGCACCAGGGCUGCCUCACGCCGGGCCCCCACGGCCCCGCUCUGCCCCUGCCUUUUCUCCUAUUUCCUGUAGUCUAUCUGACUCCCAGUCCCGGAUAUGUUACAGCGGGGGGCCUUUGGGCCAGCCUGAGGUUUGUUUUGUCCAAUCACCCCCACUCACUGUUUCUCCCCGGGUCUGAUGCCUCCACCUCCAUGCCCAGGAUAUAGCCCCAAGAUGGGGUACACAGGGAGAAAUGUGCUAGCCUCCUCCCUCAGCUGUUGAUUCCAUGUGACAACCAUAACUCCUAUAUGAACGGACAGUGAAUACCAGCCACACUGUUCUGAGACAUCCCAGAGCAUCACCUUGAGACAGCACAAAGCAGAAACCUGCUACCCCAUCCCUCCCUCCACAGCACAAGAUUUUGGGACCACAAAAAAUAUAUAUCUAUAUUUUUAUAUUGGGGGGAGGGAGUAGAAAAAGCCCCUAUACUGGGCCCUACUCAGUGGCAGCUUCUUGUUCCAUAGGGUUAAGGAAGACUUUGAGGAAAUAAAAGUUGUUUGGAAAAAUCCAGGUGUAGUUGCUUUGUAUGUUGUGAUGGGUAGAGGGAUGAAGUGAAGUGUGAAGGCCC